UUCUUGAAAAACUAGUUAUAUUUUUGUUUGUGAAGUCAAGACGGCGAUCGACCACUCCUACGUCACCAACAAAGGGAUAUCUUGGGAUAUAUAAACCUGAGUGACACCAAGAUUAUUAUUGACUUUGCUACAGCCAAGUAAAUCGACAACAUGUUCAAAUUGAUCUGCUUCUUUGCUCUCUUGGUGGCCGUUUUCGCCGUACCAAACCCAGCCCCAGCCCCAGCUCCGGGACCAAAACCCGACCCCAUCUAUGCCUUGAGCUACACUGCUGGAACGCCUUUGACUUACAGCUACUCUCGCCCCAUCACUUAUGACUAUGGAUAUGGAUUAUCUCCAUAUGCAUCUGGUUACUACGGAAGCUACUCUUAUGGACUUCCUUUAGCCUACAGAAAUCUUUACAUCUAAGCAAAUUACUAACUUGGGAGGAAAUGGAUCACGCUGUUAUAAUAGGGAACAUAUUUUCAGAUGUCAAUACUUCUAAAUUGUCGAUUAAAUUAAAUAAUAAUUA